AUGUCACACGCGCCGGCUCCGGCGCCUCCACACCAUCAGCAACAGGCGAAUUCAGUGGGCGGCAACAACAACGGCGAGCGCCACGUGGUGCACUGGUUCCGCAAGGGACUGCGCUUACACGACCAACCGGCGCUUAGGAUGGGGCUUCAGGGAGCACGCACCUGCCGAUGCGUGUACAUUCUGGACCCAUGGUUCGCUGGAUCUUCCAACGCAGGCGUCAACAAGUGGAGGUUCCUCCUGCAGAGUCUCGAAGACUUGGACGCCCGGCUGCGGAAACUCAACUCACGUCUGUUUGUUAUCCGCGGACAGCCAGCCGAUGUGUUUCCCAAGAUAUUCAAGGAAUGGCGCGUGACGCACCUUACGUUCGAGCAAGACCCGGAGCCGUACGGUGCGAUCCGCGACCAGAAGAUCACGGCGCUGGCGCACGAAAUGGGCGUGAGCGUGGUGUGCGAACCGUCGCACACGCUCUACCCGCUGGAUCGCAUUCUGGAGCGCCACGGCGGAAAGACGCCGCUCACGUACCGCCAAUUCCAGAGCGUCGUGGUAGACAUGGAGCCGCCGGCGCAGCCCUUGCCGGCGCCCGAGUCGCUGCCGCGGACACCCAUCGACGAGGACCACGACGAACGUUUCGCCGUGCCCACGCUCGCAGAGCUAGGUUUCGACACCGACAACUUGAAGGCAGCCGUUUGGCCAGGGGGCGAAACGGAGGCAUUGACGCGCCUGGAACGACACAUGGAACGUAAGGCGUGGGUGGCGAGCUUCGGUAGCCCCAGGAUGACCCCCAAAGCAUUGCUGGCCAGUCAGACAGGCUUGAGUCCAUACCUGCGGUUCGGCUGCCUGUCGGCUCGCCUCUUCUACCACCAGCUGGCGGACCUUUACCGAAAGAUCAGGAACUCGAACCCGCCGCUGUCACUCCAGGGCCAGCUGCUGUGGCGCGAGUUCUUCUACUGCGCAGCCACGCGCAACCCAAACUUUGACCGUAUGCACAACAACCCCAUGUGCGUGCAGAUACCCUGGGACGUCAACGCAGAAGCACUCGCCAAGUGGGCUAAUGGUCAGACAGGCUACCCGUGGAUCGACGCCAUCAUGCGACAGCUACGCGAGGAAGGCUGGAUUCAUCACGUGGCGAGGCACGCGGUCGCCUGUUUCCUGACUCGAGGCGACCUCUGGCUUUCCUGGGAGGAAGGCAUGAAGGUCUUUGAUGAGCUACUUCUGGACGCCGACUGGAGUGUGAACGCAGGCUCUUGGAUGUGGCUCUCCUGCUCGUCCUUCUUCCAGCAGUUCUUCCACGUCUACUGCCCCGUACGAUUCGGACGCAAGGCAGACCCUUCGGGAGACUACAUUCGGAAGUACCUGCCAGUGCUGAAGCACUUUCCCAACAACUACAUCCACGAACCGUGGACUGCGCCGGAGUCGGUGCAGGUGGCCGCACGAUGCGUCGUGGGUCGUGACUAUCCGCUGCCCAUGGUCAACCACCAGGUCGCCUCGCACGUCAACCUGCAGCGUAUCCGACAGGUCUACCAGCAGCUCACACAGUGCGUCAAAGCGCCAGGCCUCGUCCCCAGCCUGCCAUCGGCCUCACCCACAGACAGCAACAAGCAGAACAACAAUUUCAUCGACGACCGCAAGCUCAGGACCAAGAAUUCCAGGCAGGAAGAUGAGGAGUCCAUGGAAGGUGUGGUCUAGGAGGCAACUCCUGCUAGGACCAUGAUCUUGUAAAGCUCCACCUCACGUCUGUGUCCAAGCAAGUGCUGGCCUGAGCGCUCCAUUUCAGACGUGUGAAUCACACACGAAUUUGAUGCAA